UUCAGCGCCAGUGUAUGGUAGUAAUGCCACUCCACAGAUGUUGGGGCUGCCUGCUCGCUUCUUGUCAGUGCUGAGAGCGAUCGGGCGAGCGCCGUGCAUGCUGCAUCCUGACACUUCUCCAAAAACUAAGACGCUUUCAUUUGUCUCCACUAACAGCCGAGGAUUUGCACGGUCGAUCGGUGGGAUUUUAUGAAACUGGACGUGUGAUUUUUUUCUUACUCUUCUCUCGGAUUAGUGUCCCUUACUUAGGAAAUGGCAAAGCGUGUACCUGGGAGAAGAUCGGGAGUGGGGAAAUGAGAUUGGAAAGCGCAGCUGAAUGACACGGGGGAUGCGAGCGACCUGAAGAGCUUUAAGACGCAUUUCUGCGACGUCGAGGCGUUUCGCUUGUUGCUUCUGCUCCAGACGAACGGGAUUAAUCCUUGAGGAGAGUCGCUUUCUCGUUUUCUUUUAUUUUCCUUUCAACACAAGGAUGUCUUGUGGAUUCCUGAUUGUCAUUUUGUUGAAAACAUUCAUUGCUGUAGUUCUUGGCGAUACAUGCGGGGGAAACAUCCAAAUAACCAAUGCAAGUUAUCUUACUUCACCUGGCUACCCAACCUCAUAUGGACCAUCUCAGAAAUGCGAAUGGGUGAUCCAAGCUCCAGAGCCGUACCAGAAGAUCUUAAUCAAUUUUAACCCUCAUUUUGAUCUCGAAGAUAGAGAUUGCAAGUAUGACUACGUGGAGGUGCGCGACGGCACCGACGAGAACGCCAAGACCGGAAAGUUCUGCGGCAAGAUCGCCCCCACCCCCAUGAUCUCGUCAGGGAACCAGCUCAUCAUCAAGUUCGUGUCCGACUACGAGACGCACGGGGCCGGAUUCUCCAUCCGCUACGAGGUCUACAAAACGGGACCAGAAUGUUCCAGGAACAUCACCUCCACCAAUGGAGUCAUCACGUCCCCCGGGUUCCCCGAGAAGUACCCCCACAACCUGGACUGCACCUUCAUGGUCUUCGCCCCUGACAUGUCUGAGAUCAUCCUGGACUUUGAGAAGUUCGACAUCGAGCUGGGGAAUGCACCGCACUGCCAGUACGACCGCCUGGAAAUCUGGGAUGGUUUCCCUCAAGUGGGCCAGCACAUCGGCCGCUACUGCGGACAGGAUUCGCCGGGCCGCAUCGUGUCCUACACCGGCAUCCUCUCCAUGACGCUCAACACGGACAACGCCGUCGCCAAAGAGGGCUUCUCAGCCAACUUCAGCGUGGUCAGGAGGACGGUUCCUGAAGACUAUGUGUGCAAGGAGCCGCUGGGGAUGGAGUCGGGCGAGAUCACAGGCAGGCAGAUCAAAGCCUCCUCCCAGUACAACAGCAACUGGUCCGCUGGCCGCUCGCGCCUCAACUACCAUGAGAACGGCUGGACCCCGGCGCAAGACUCCAACAAGGAGUGGAUACAGGUGGACCUGGGUUUUCUCCGCCUGGUUACAGCUAUCGGUCUGCAAGGAGCCAUCUCCAAGGAGACCCAGCGUGGUUACUAUGUCAAGUCUUACAAACUGGACCUGAGCUCCAACGGCGAGGACUGGGUCCCCCUGAGAGAGAACUCUAAGCCCAAGGUGUUCACUGGUAACUCCAACCCCACCGACGUGGUGAAGGCGACGCUGCCCAAACCCACGCUCACCCGUUUCAUCCGCGUCCGGCCCGUCUCCUGGGAGCAGGGCGUCUCCAUACGCUUCGAGGUGUACGGCUGCAAGCUCUCAGAAUACCCAUGCUUCAAUAUGCUCGGCAUGGUGUCCGGCGCCAUCUCCGAGUCCCAGAUCACGGUCUCCUCGCAAGUGGACCGCAGCUGGGUACCUGAAAACGCCCGCCUGCUGACGGGCCGUGCGGGCUGGACCGUGCCGGAGACCCAGAACCUGAAGAACGAGUGGCUGCAGGUGGACCUGGGUCAGGAGCGACUGGUGAAUGGCCUCAUCACUCAGGGGGGCAAGUUGCGCGAGCACAGGGUCUUCAUGCGCAAGUUCCGCCUGGCCUACAGCAGCACCGGCUCCAACUGGACUCUGGUGUUGGACAACGACACCAACAAGCCCAAGAUUUUCGAGGGGAACCAGAACUACGACACGCCGGAGCUGCGGAUGCUGGAUCCGCUGGUGACGCGCUUCCUGAGGGUGUACCCCGAGAAGGGCGGCACUGUCGGCAUGGGGCUGCGGCUGGAGCUGCUCGGCUGCAACCUGCAAGAGCCCGCCAUGCCCUCAUCUGCCCCCACCACGCCAUUACCGGACGAGUGUGAUGUCGACUCCGGCAGCUGCCACAGCAGUACUGUAGACAGUGACGAGGGCCCAGGUGCCACGACCCCGGAGGGAGUCACUCAGGAGAUGGAUGCGGAGGCAGACUUUGCGUGGCUUGAGUGUGACUUUGGCCGAACCAGUGAACCCUCAUUCUGCGGCUGGAACCCGGAGUCGGACGGGAACGUCAAGUGGGUCAUCCGGUCUGACGGAAAUUCAGGCACGGGCACUGGCCCCACCCUGGACCAUAAUGGUGACUUUGGGAACUUCGUCUACCUGCACUCGGUCUCCGACACUCAGGAGCGCGUGACGGGCCGGCUGGUGAGCCCUCUGAUGGGGCAAGACCCAGACGUGUGCCUGUCCUUCUGGUUCCACACGGCGGAGCCGCACGUCGGGAACCUGUUGGUGAGGCGGAGGAGGAACGGGGGCAGGCACAGAGACGACGAGCCCGUGCUGUGGAGUAACGGCGGACGCAGGGGGGGGCGCUGGACGCAGGGCCGCGUGCUGAUUCCCGCCUCCACGUCGCCCCACCAGGUGGUGAUUGAGGGGGUGCUGGAGAGUAACACCUGGGGCCACAUUGCCUUGGAUGACAUCAUGGUCCUGAGAGACUGCCUGGACAGUGAUAGGGUUCUCACCGUCCUUCCAAGUUUCAGCUCCGAGUUCGUCAUUAACAUAAACGCAGGUGCUCCAACGGAAUUUCCAGGGUCACCGGAUAAAAUCUCAUACACAGAUUACCCAGACGACAUCAUGGACGGCCCGGGGACCAUGCUGAGGACACUGGACCCCAUCCUGAUAACCAUCAUCGCCAUGAGCGCCCUGGGCGUUUUCCUGGGGGCCAUCUGCGGGGUCGUCCUCUACUGCGCCUGCUCCCACGGCGGCGUGUCGGACCGGAACCUCUCGGCACUGGAGAACUACAACUUUGAGCUGGUGGACGGCGUUAAGCUGAAGAAGGACAAGCUGAAUGCACAGAAAUCAUAUUCGGAAGCGUGAGGGUCACCAGCAAGGCGCCUCCUGUCCACAGAGGCUGGGACUGAGCCAGGCUUUUCUCAGGACCUGCAGUGAAGGAAACUCACCACUAGGGGGACACUGUGUAUAAAAUUGAAGGAAAAAAAUGUGUACAGUAAGAUGAUUAUUUUAAUUUAGUUUUUUUUUUUUUGUUGUUGUUUUCUUUUUCACUGAAAUAACCAGAUGCUGGUCCUGAGACCAAUCAAGAGGACAUUCUGGCGUAUUUGUCUUUUUUUCCUGGAUAGAACUUUAAUUUUAAGAUUUUAAAACUUUUUAUUUCGUCUUUGGUCGGAAAACCCCAAACGAACCACACUGCCAUGCAGUGUCUGUGUGUGCUCAGUGUGAGGCGCUAGUCGCACGUAUGGUUCCCGCAGUGCCUUCGUCACGCCUUGGGUGAUUUUUUUAUUUUAUUAUUAACAGUUCCGCCUUUAGUUCUGGACGCCGCGAGUAUCGUUCUGCCGAGUGGAUCCACGCAGGUUUCCCACCGUGUCCCAUUUUGUAUAUAAAUUAUAAUAUAUUUGAAAAAAGAACCUCUUUUAACAAAAAAAAGCUGCAGUGUUCUUCUCCACAGCCACAGAUGUGUCAUCGGAGAUUGUAGCCCGGCUGAGAGAAGCGCUCAUUUCUCGAUUUCCCUCGAAACGACCCCUGCUUUGUCAGAGCUUGGGUCUGGAGACAGUAUCUACAGCCCUGUCAUGUCAGCCUCGGUAACGUUCACGUUAAAUGGAUCAAGUAACUGAGAUGUUGUGAAAUAGCUCCCGUGGGUCAGGAGAAACAAGUCUGCUUUGUGUGUGCUGUGCUACGCCGGAGUGCGGUGGAAUCGAAGCCUCCGCUCGAUCUUCUCGUACCCCGGCUGUACCGCAAACUCUUACUGUAUCGGCGUGCGGGGCGGCUGACGCACAAUUCUGUGCGUUUACGGCGCUCCACCAGGUUAAUAGCUGCCAAUACGCUGCCUCAGGUCCGUGUCACUCGAGGGAGUCCGCUUCGUAAACCCGGUGGAACGCCGGUCCCUGUUGUCAGAUGGCCGUGGCGACGGGUCAGACGUGCCGUGUCCCGCAUCCAUUCUCUCUGUACCGUGUCGGAAGAGGAGAGCUGACGUCAACAGAGUUGUGAUAAAAGGACUCUGUAGUGUGGAAAUAAAAGAAACAAUGUUGCACUGAAGAAUAUAUUUAAAUGGUAAACGUGUUUAUAAUAUGAAUUUGUAAAAAAAAAAAAAAAAUGCAAAAGACAGUGUUACAAAUGUUUCUUUUUAUAUGAUUUCAGGUAAUGUGAUUUGAUUCUGCAAUGUACAAUUUACUGAGGUGUUUUUCAUCAUUGAGAAGCUAUAUCAAUUUGCUACAGUAACGUUUCCAUUUAAGAGUUAUGUUACCACUUGUUUUGUACUGUCAUCUGACGUUUGUGCUUUUCUUUUUUUAUGAGAAGUUUUAUUUUCAAUACUGCUUCUGUACUUUGCUGUUGUAGGAAAAAAAAUGAAUAAACAGCAAUGCCUUAAAAGCUAAAAUUAUGUUUGUACUGCGAUACCAGGGUCACGCUCAUAAACUCACCGCUGUCUCUCACUUUGACUUAUGACUACUACAUUCCAAAGAAUCAGAUGAAAUAAAUGUUUUAUUAAGAUGUG